AUGAAGAACGAUAUGGACCACACUGACCCCGUCAACGCGACCACACCCCUCAAUCCGGGCAUGGUCGCCGCUCCACCCAGCGAGUCUUAUUACAGCGACGCCCAUGACGACUCCUCCACUGACAAGGAGUACAGCGUUCACGUUGCUUCUUUGCUGCGAGCUGUGAUCAUCAUUCUCACGCUCACCAACGCCAUCCUGCAGAUCAAAGACGAGCCGGAAUGGCCCGUGACCAUCAUCCUCAUGGUCCUGACCUGGCUGUCGCUCACGUGGAACAUCUCCUCAGUUGUUCCUGGGUUGGUGCUCGUCGGCGGGAAGAAGGUAGGCAUGGUACUUCCGCAAACCAGCUUGGUCGUCGGCGGCCGCACCUACGUUCUCUUCGGUCCCAGUGAGGACGACACCGACAAGGACGGCAGGAGGGCCGUCCUCAGAACCGCUGUAGCCGAUCUCCUCCUCGGAGGUCACUUUCUUCUCUUCAGCUUGAUAGGCGAGCUUGGUCAAACCGUGAAUUGGUGGAGGCACGAGACGGCCAUCAUGGUCUUGUGUUUCAUCGUCACGGCCCUUCAGCUUGUCGUCGGUGCUUUCAUGCUCUUCCCGGCCCUUACUCAGACCCGCUUCGUCAUCCGAUCGGUGUAUCGCCGCGAUGCCGGUCAAUAUCACAUCAGAUUGCCCCAGGACAUCGAGGCUGCCCCUGUCCCCAGCAGACAGCCCAUCUCCAUCACCGCGUAA